CAGCCUUGAAGCUCCCAGCAUUCGGGGCAUUCGGGGAAUUCGGCCCGGCGGCCCCCGCCAAAAAAUAGAAGCUUAAGAAAGUUACUGUACCGUAUGGUACGGCAACUCAAUGACAUAAACCUCCUUAUCAUCUCACAACCGCCAAUCUUCCACCUCAAUCCAACAUCCGCCAUGUCAGCUGCGAUCGAAGCGGGCAUUUUCAGGCCUCCGCGGCCCAAGAAGUCCGUCCUGCCUGCCAUUACUCGAGGAUCGAAAAAGCGCAAAACCGAGCACAAAAUCGAAGAGAUCUCUUUCGAUGAUACCUCACGAGCGGACUACUUGACGGGUUUCCACAAGCGAAAGGUUGCAAGGGCAAAGUUGGCGCAAGCACAGGCGAUCAAGAUGGCACGAGACGAGAAGAUUCAAAUGCGCAAACAAGUCAGUACCUAUUAUCAUGGACAUUUCAUAUAUGGUGGAAUUGAAAUCAAAUUUCUAAUUGUUUGAUGUUAUCUAGUUACGAGAAGAGCGAAAGAAAGAACUGGAAGAGCACGUAGAGGCGGUAAACAGGCUACUCAAGGAUGUCGAACAACCUCAAGGAAAAUGGAGCGAUGACGAAGAUGAAACCUGGAAUGGGAUUGAGGAAGAGGCACCGGUGGUUGAGCCAGUAGAUCAUGAGGAGGAGUACGUGGAUGAGGAUCGAUACACAGUUGUCACAGUCGAGGAGGUUGACGUAUCCAAGGAGGGUCUUUCCAAAGUUGCAGAGCAAGAUGGGAGCGAUAAUGACGAGGAGGUACCGAAAUUGGUUGAAACUGAAGAAAAGGGCAAGAAGGUAUGGCCAAAGAAACCUAGAAAGCAGAAGUUUAGGUAUGAAACCAAGACGGAACGCAAGGCUUCGAGGGGCAAGCAGAAAGCUGGGAACAAGGCAAAGGCAGAUGCUCGCAGAGGUAAUGGAUGA